AUGGGGAGACCUCCGACCAACGCCCAAGCGAAAACGGACUGGUCAAUGAAAUCUCUAUUUCAGCAAAUGAUUAUGCAGUGUCAUCCACCGCUGCAGCAAGGCGGUAAUUUGGAAGCACGUAUCAUAUCAUCCCAGACUAAUAGGGCUGGCAAACCUGAAGUGGACGUGACGAUGGAGUUUUGUUCGGGAGUUACAUUUUUUGGCGCGUCGAGUUCUGAUCUAACCGCUUUGGGAAAGGUGUUUUUUGGUGCCUGGAAGGGCCCAGACCGCUGA